AGUACAGAAUUCAUGGAUAGUCCACGAAACAUCACAGAAUUUUUCAUGCUGGGACUCUCACAAAAUCCCAAGGUGCAGAGAGUUUUAUUAGUGCUCUUUUUGAUUGUCUACCUAAUUUCUGUUGGGGGCAACUUUCUUAUCAUGAUCACUGUUAUCAUCAGCCCCACCUUGGGUUCCCCUAUGUACUUUUUUCUCUCCUAUUUGUCCUUCAUUGAUACUUGUUAUUCCUCAUGUAUGACCCCCAAACUCAUUGCUGACUCAUUGUAUGAGGGGAGAACCAUCUCUUUCGAGGGCUGCCUGACUCAAUUCUUUGUUGCUCAUUUAUUGGGAGGAACUGAGAUCAUUCUGCUCACGGUGAUGGCCUAUGACCGCUAUGUAGCCAUCUGUAAACCCCUGCACUACAUGACCAUCAUGACCAAGCAUCUCUGUGCCAUGCUGGUGGGGGUGGCUUGGCUGGGGGGCUUCUUACAUUCACUGGUUCAGCUUCUCCUGGUCCUUCAGUUGCCCUUCUGUGGGCCAAAUGUGAUCAAUCACUUUGUCUGUGACUUGUACCCCUUGUUGGAACUUGCCUGUACCAACACCUAUAUCAUUGGUCUGCUCGUGGUGGCCAACAGUGGUGUGAUUUGCCUAGUGAACUUCCUGAUGCUGGCUGCCUCUUACAUUGUCAUCCUGCGCUCCUUGAGGUCCCACAGUGCAGAGGGGAGACGUAGGGCCCUCUCUACCUGUGGGGCCCACUUUACUGUUGUGGCCUUGUUCUUCGUACCCUGUAUAUUUAUUUACAUGCGUCCAUCAACUACUUUAUCCAUAGACAAAAUAGUGGCUGUGUUUUAUUGUAUUUUAACACCCAUGUUCAACCCCUUAAUUUAUACACUAAGAAAUGCAGAGGUGAAAAAUGCCAUGAAGAAUCUCUGGAAAAAGUGA